AUGGAAAAUAGUGAAUCAAGUGUCAAAAUAAGUUGUCCAAGAGAUAUUGAAAAAAUAAGUAAUGGUGUGGUGGACGAUGAUUCUUUUGUAAUUUUGAAUGAAGAUGAAAAUAUUAUAGAACUCAACUUCAAGGAAGGUCCUCUGACACCCUUUUUAAGAGACAAAGCUGAUGAAAUAGAAAAACACAUGAAAUUAGGAAUUACUAUUGACAAGUGGAAAGAUUUUGCUUUGUCUCCUGGUGGAUUGGUCAAUGAUCAAAUUCGAAAGCUGGGAUGGCCGAUCCUUCUCGGAUUGAACCCUGAGGCCUGUGAGGAAAUGAUUUCAGAGGAAAACCUUAAAGAACAUCCUGAGUAUUCGCAGGUAGUACUGGAUGUGAACCGAUCUUUGAAGAGAUUUCCUCCCGGGAUCCCGAUCGAGCAGCGCCUAGCCCUCCAAGACCAGCUCACAAAUCUCAUCCUUAGGGUCAUUACAAAGUAUCCUCACCUUCGUUACUAUCAGGGCUAUCAUGAUGUGGCUAUUACAUUUCUGCUGGUCGUCGGGGAAGAAUUAGCUUUGCGGAUAAUGGAGAAAUUGUCCACCAAUCACCUUCGGGAAUGCAUGGAACCAACAAUGGAGAAGACUUCUCUUUUACUGAAUUAUAUAUUUCCUCUCAUAAAAAGACUCAAUCCUGAUCUUUAUUCUCAUUUAGAAAGGUCAGGAGCUGGGACUAUGUUCUGCCUCCCCUGGUUCUUAACGUGGUUCGGACACAGCCUCAACCACUACAAGGACGUGGUGAGGCUGUACGACGCCUUCCUGGCCACUGCUCCGCUAGUGCCUCUCUACCUCACUGCAGUCAUUGUCAACUACAGAGCCUCAGAACUUCUGCAGUUGGAGCCUGACAUGGCCACGGUCCAUUGUUUCCUUUCUCAGUUGCCUGAUGACCUACCUUUUGACCGGCUUGUUACAGAAUCAGUUGAAUUAUAUGCCAAGUUUCCUCCUGAGAGUAUCGAAGCUGAAGUAAAAGAAAGGACAAGAUUAGAGAAGGAAGCACAGAAGAAAGAAGAAGAAAAUGCACGGAAGAGGCGUCGUGGGGCCGUAAAGCGAGGCGGAAACAGCAUAAAGACCCAGCUGGAGCGAAUAAUACCCAGUUCGAGGGCACAGUUGCUACUUCUUGCAUUCAGUAUAGCGAUCGGGUUUUACGCUUACCUGCGGGGUAACGGUGGACCUCCUGCGAUCAGAUAG